AUGUCUACUCUCCAGUACUUUCUCGUGGCUGGUGCCACAGGUCGCCAAGGCGGUGCGACAGUAGAUGCUCUCCUCUCCCAUCCCGAUAUCAAAAUCAGCCCAAACCAAGUCUACGCUCUUACUCGUGAAGCCUCAGGUUCAGGGGCUGCCAAGCUUGGACAGAAGUACCCAGGCAUUAACAUAAUUGCUGGCAACUUGAACAAACCCGAAGCAAUCCUUCAACAGCUGGACAAGUCCAUUCUUCCCAAGACUGGGAUCUAUCUCGCCCAAGCCCAUGGACCGACAGAAGUUUCUGACGCAAAAGGUCUUAUAGAAGCUGCAGCCAGCACCGGUAUUCCUUAUUUCGUCUACUCUUCUGUUGACCGUGGUGGUCGUGAGCUUAGCGACAGGGAUCCUUCGUACUGCAAGACCUUUUCCGACAAGUUUCUCAUCGAAAAGCACCUUAUAAGUGUAUGCUCCAACAAUAAGAUGGACUACACCAUCAUACGUCCCACUUGGUUCGCAGACAAUGCCUGGUGGGGGUUCCCAGGCGCACUUUGCAUGACGGGUUGGAAGGUGAACAUGAAGGGAAAGAAGAUGCAAGUUACCGUGACCAAGGAUAUCGGCAGAUGGGGUGUUGAGGGCCUUCUUCAACCCGACAAGCGAGGCAUUCGCAAUGAAGCUCUCAGCAUUGCUAGUGAAGAGCUCAGUUUCGACGACGUUGAUAAAAUCUUUAUCAAACACACCGGAAAGGGCGUUCCGGUUACUUACAGUCUCUUGACUCGUCUGUUGAUCUGGUUGAGCAAGGAUAUGAACACCAUGUUUGAAUUUAUCGGUGAGAGGGCUUAUGGUGCGGAUCUACCCUGGUUGAGGUCACAGUUGAAGCCGACUACUUUUGAGGAAUAUGUUGAGAGCGAGGUUCCGACUGAAAAGACCCAGUAG